CAGGUUUGCCAAGUGCUGUAGCUGCAGGGCGGGGCUGUUAUUGCAGCCGCGCUGCCUGCGUUUUUUGGCAGCGUUUCCCUGUUGCCGGUGGAGCCGGCGAGGUUCAGGACGGAGUCGCAGGGCUGGGGCUGCUGCGGCCCCAUGAGUCGUGGUGAGAUAUGGCCCUGCAGCACCGCCCUUGAGGAGGAGCAGGUCAGGCACAGGCCCAGUGCCUGGAAAAGCCCCAAGGAGCUGCCGUCGGUGGGGCCACAGAGGUGAAAUCUGGGCGGGUGUCAGCUCCCUGCCGUGUGCUGAGGGGCUGGGAGCCGUGAAAUGGUUAAUCUGGCAUUCCUCUGCCCACUCCCCCCAUCCCAGCAGGGUGCCCAGCCCAGCCUGGAGCAGUCCGGUCCUUGAGACAGGCUGAGCUAGUGGGAGCCGAGUGAAGGUCCUUGCUGCACUAUCUCCUCGCUGGCUGCUUGCCCGUGGGAAGUGGGUGAAGGGGCAGCCCUGGGCCGAGGGCACCUUGUUGCAGCUGGCUGGGCUGCGGCAUGUGACCCCUCCCCGUGUGCCGUGCCAGCCCCUGGCACUGGGGCCGGGGAAGAGUCAGUAGGGGCUGCCCUCCCUCCCUGCUCACUGACUCUCUCUUCUCUUCCAGCUCGGCGGCUGUGCGUGAUGGUGGCAGGGCCUGAGGCGCGUGCCAGAGGCGCGGGGGGCCGGUGACUGGUGCCGGCGCAGCCCCUGCAUGGCCCGUGGUGGGUAGAGCUGAGUGCGAGGCCAGCGCGGCUGGCAUGGCCGGCCUGGGCAGAGCCGGUGGGCGCAGAAGGCUGUAGUGCAGCCGGCCGGCAGCAUUACCAUGGCGUUCACGGUGGCGGAUUACACCGUCUUCGUGCUGCUGCUGGUACUCUCCUCCGCCAUCGGGCUGUUCUACGCGCUGAGCGGCGGCCGGCAGCGCACGGUGCAGGAGUUCCUGCUGGCCAACCGCAGCAUGAGCUUCCUGCCCGUGGCCCUGUCCUUGCUGGCCACCUUCCAGUCGGCCGUGGCCAUCCUGGGUGUGCCAGCCGAGAUCUACCGCUUCGGCACCGAGUACUGGUUACUGGGCUGCUGCUACUUCCUGGGUCUCCUCAUCCCAGCGCACGUCUUCAUCCCUGUCUUCUACCGCCUCCACCUCACCAGCACCUACGAGUACCUGGAGCUGCGCUUUAACAAGGCUGUGCGUGUGUGUGGCACCGUGACCUUCAUCUUCCAGAUGGUGAUUUACAUGGGGGUCGUUCUCUACGCACCCGCGCUGGCUCUCAAUGCAGUGACUCAGUUUGACCUCUGGGGGGCGGUGCUGACCAUGGGCCUGGUCUGCACCCUGUACACCACCCUGGGCGGGCUGAAAGCUGUCAUAUGGACCGACGUCUUCCAGACGCUGGUGAUGUUUGCAGGGCAGCUGGCCGUCAUCGUGGUGGGCACUGUCAAGGUGGGCAGCAUGGGGCGGGUCUGGCAGCUGGCGGCUGAUCAGGGGAAGAUCUCUGGAAUUGACCUCAACCCCGACCCCUUUGAGCGUCACACCUUCUGGACCCUGUCCGUCGGGGGCGUCUUCAUGAUGCUGUCGCUGUAUGGCGUGAACCAGGCCCAGGUGCAGCGCUAUCUGAGCUCCCGCACCGAGCAGGAGGCCGUGCUCUCCUGCUACGCCGUGUUCCCCUGCCAGCAGGUGGUGCUCUGCCUCAGCUGCCUCACAGGCCUUGUCAUGUUUGCCUAUUACCAGGAGCAUCCGCUCACGGCAGCCCAGAGCCAGGCCUCCUCGGACCAGCUGGUUCUGUACUUCGUCAUGGACGUCCUGAAGGACCUGCCCGGCCUGCCCGGCCUCUUCGUCGCCUGCCUCUUCAGCGGCUCCCUGAGCACAAUUUCCUCAGCCUUCAACUCCCUGGCCACGGUGACCAUGGAGGACCUGAUCCACCCCUACUUCCCCGGCCUGCGGGAGUCCCGUGCCACGCUGCUCUCCAAGCUGCUGGCUCUCAGUUAUGGCCUGCUCUGCCUGGGGAUGGCCUACCUCUCCUCCAUGAUGGGCCCCAUGCUGCAGGGUGCGAUUGCCGGGCUGGCAGCUGGGCUGGCAAUGGCCUUCUGGAUCGGCAUUGGGAGCCUGGUGUCCAACCUACGGGCGGCCCCCUCGGCCCUGCCGCUGUCCAACAUCACCGACUUCCCCCAGGCCAGCAGCCUGAGCACGGCCAUCGCCACCACCCUGCUGACCUCGACCCCGGCCCCAAAGCGCCUCUCAGGGCUCCAGAAAUUCUACAACCUGUCGUAUAUGUGGUACAGUGCCCACAACUCCACCACCGUCAUCCUGGUGGGCCUGCUGGUCAGCCUGCUGACGGGCCCCACCAAGGGAGCGACCGUCAACCCUCGCACCAUCUACCCCGUGCUGCCCCGGCUGCUCUGCUGCCUGCCCCAGAGGUACCGAGAACGGCUGAGCUGUGGGGUGGUCUGCUCUGCUGAGGACGGAGGCUGCGAGGAGCCAGCGCCCCAUGCCCCGGAGAAGACCAGCAAUGGAAUGCUGAAUGGCCCCAUCGUGGGCCUGGCCCAUGCGGAGGAGGGCGAGGGCUUUGCCAGGACAGAGGGCACUCACACCUACAUCCUGCAGGAGACGUCGCUCUGAGCGGGGGCCCAGGCGGCAGAGCAGGAGUUAGUGUCCAGCCGCUGGGGGUGGAACGCAAAGGCCCUGCUGGAAGCACCGGCCUCACCCUGGGAACGGCCCUGCUGAGCGUGCACAGCACGAAGGGGCUGCUCCCCUCCUGGGGCAGGUUCCUGCUCCCCUCAGGCGCUCCCUGCCCACAGCUCAGGGCUCCACGCACACUCAGGCCGCAAGCACCAAAUGACCCAUGGGUGGCUGACGCCCACCCUGCGCUACUGGAACCCGGCUGAUGGAGUCAGGCCCCAGCCUGGGGCUGGCAUAGCCCUGCCUUGCUGGCCACUUGCCCACAUGCCCUGGGGGGCACAGAGGUUAACUGCUGUUAUGUGCCAAGCCCGGGGGUGGGGAGAGACCCCACUGGUUCCCAGGCCCGGAGCUGGGCCGUGCACUGAUGCACCGGGCAAUGCUGUGAGGGGACCAGCCGGCCUCCCGUUGCAUGGGACCAGGUGCCCGGGGCCAGGCCCUCGUUUCUACAUGCGCUAAUCCCUGCAGUCAGUCCAUCCAUCCAUCCAUCCAUCCCUGCGCAGGCCUCCCCUGCCCAUGGGGGGCGGAGGGGGUGUCUGCAGGACCCCUGGACCCCCCGCAUUUCCUGAGGUCUGGGCUGUCUGCCCCUGAAACCAAGGGGCUCUGUCCCUCAGCCUCCCACUGCCUGCUGUGUGCCCCAAUGCUGAGAUGGGCCCUGCUCUAAGUCUUUGGUGCCUCCUAACAGACUCUGCCCUGGCCCCACCCGGCUGGGGCCACAUGCCUUUCCCUGCCAUCGGGCCCCAGCCCCUGGGCUCAGGUUGGCUCAUGGCGGGGGGGGGGGCAAGGCUGGGAGCCAGCCCCAUGGGGCACUUGCAGGAGGCGAAGUGGGCCCAGCCCAGGGCAGCACCCUCCUGCUCUGGCUGUGGGGCACUGGGAUUCUGCACUGCAGCCCCUGAGCCCCAUUUGCACCAUGCCAGGUGCUGCUCCAAGCUGCAGGGCAUGCUGGGAGCUGUAGUUUGCUCAGGCCCCGGCUCUAGUUGCAGGUGGAAAUGAUGGACCAGCUGCAUUCCUGGGGGCCACGGGGGCUGUGGCUCUGCCCUUGGCACCUGGGCUGUUAGCUGGGCUCAGAGCCCUUGCUGUGCCCUGGCGCCUGCUGCUGCACCACCUUGGACUCCCCUUCGCCCUGGCGCAGAGCCCAGCCUGUGCCCCCCAUGUUACCAUGGGGGUCGGUGACGGUGCUGUGGAGUCGAUUGGUGGUGGCGCAUGCAGCCACGUGGCGGGGCCAGCAUGGGCUGCUGGCUGCUCCCAGGUGUCCCAGGCAUGGCUGUCCCAGCAGAGGGGCUCGGGCUGGGGCACGCUGGCUGCUCCUGCGGGAGCUAGUGGGGGUACAUAGACCACAGCAACAAUUUGCAAUGAUGCCCCUUGCUGGCAGCCCUCCCAUAGCCAGUGUCCCACACUUGCAGCCUUCUGCUCACAGUGCCCCACAGCCAGUCCCCCUGUUCUCAGACCCCCCACCCCAUCCCUGACCCCUGCUUGCAGCUCCCCACAGCCAGUGGCCCCACUCACAGCCCCCCAUCCCUGCCCCCUGGGGCCCUUCCCUGAUUCUGUUCAAUGAGUUGUUCUAAUUGUUCGUUAAUUGUCUUUUGCCCCCAGCACCUGGGGCUGUUGUCUCAGUAAAGUGAUUCUCUGUGAUUACGCUGC